GUUCGACAGGAUUGCUCUCUUCUCUUCAAGAGAAUUUGUUGCUCGAAAACACCCUUGGUAGACGAAAAGUCACCAUCAACACACUCGGACGAUUGUUCCUGUCUCCUCCUCCUCUCGAAUCCUCGACCUCCAGGAGUGUCGUCCGCUUCCUCACCUCACUCGACCACCGACGACUCGGUUUCCUCUGCUCUUCUCGGCUCUUCUCCUCUCCUCUCUGCUGGUCAGAGAGUCCCUUCACCACAGACACCCUCCGCCAACACCGGUGGUUCUCUUUUUCUCCUCCUCCGCCAUUUGUCACAAUGGCUCAACAACGACAACAAGAAAUUCCACAACAGUGGACCAACCAGGAGGCCAAUGAGGCCAUCAAAAACUCGGGCACCAUCGAUGGUGACUGGGCGCGAAGAAACGACGAGUGGCACGCCAACCACGGUUUCUUGCGGCCCGAGGCCAUGAACCCUCAACACCUGAGGGAGUUUCGACAAUUGGUGGGCGACUAUCGCCGCACCAGCAACUCCAGAUACAUGGCGGCGCUCAUGUGCCGGCUGUGGGACCGGCCAGAUCCCACCAUCUUUGACGAGUUUUACGACCAGCCGGCCGAGGCCAGGGCGGAACUCGAGAGAAUCGCCCAGCCAUACUGGGACCUGGCGGGACGGCCAUGGGCCGUCACCCAGGAGAUCCUCGACGAUGUCUGGGCAUGGAACGACAAUUUCCCCCCGCCUCGUGCGGCUGUUCCUGCUCCUGCUCGUGCUCCUGCUGGUCCUGUUGUCGCUCGGCCUCCUCCUGUUCCUCUUCCUGUCGCUCCUGUUGUCGCUCCUCUUGUCGCUCUCGCUCCCGUCCCUGUUGCUGCUGGUGGCCGACCCCACCACAACAACGUCAAGACCAUCACGGGGCGAGACCCCAACUGGCUGUUCAUCUGCGACGUGUGCGGCCACGCCGUCCUGUACCAGGGCGAGUUCAACCGGCACGUGCGCGAUGGCCGGGCUGGCGCCGCGGGCUUCGGCGUCGUGGCAAGCAACCCGGUGGCCGGGGAGACGAGAUGGUACGGCGAGGACGACGCCGGUAAUCGCUACGAGGGCGAUACCGUGCGCGUGGGGACCGCGGGGGUGAAUCGCGGUGGUGCGAUCCCGGAGCCCUGUGGAGGGAACAUUCGGGCCAAGAAGGCCGCGAAUAGGAGAUAG